GUCAGUACCACCUGAUUGGUUCCUCUGAGCCAAUCAUCGCGGCUCCUGGUGAUGAUGUCAUCCUGCCGUGUCGAGUGGACCCAGGUUGGAACGCUGAGAGGAAGACGGUGGAGUGGUCCAAACCGGACCUGAAGGUGGACACUUCAGGCAGGCGGAGGGGUGUGGAGUACGUGUUCGUGUACCGGUUCCAGAGUCCGGACCGGGACAUAAUGAUGGCGUCGUACAUCCAGAGGACGUCCCUGUCCUCCGAGGGACUGAGACACGGAGACGUGUCCCUGGGGCUCAGGAACGUGACACUGGAGGACAACGGCAAGUUCAGAUGUUUCAUCCCGAACCUGAAGAUCGACGCAGA